AUGGCCUACGUCGUCCCAAUUCAUCGUGCCAGCAGCGUGCGGCACGCGCUGAAGCUCAACUUUCUCGAGCCAGAAGAAGAUUGUCUCGUUGUCGCGAAAGGAGCCCGCCUUGAGUUCUACUCCAUAACCCCCGAUGGCCUCGCACUUACCACCUCUCGCGCUCUAUACGCUAAAGUCUCGAUGCUGGCCCGGCUACCGACCCCCGCCAACUCAACAACAGACCAUCUCUUUGUCGGCACAGACUUAAACACAUACUUUACACUGAAAUGGGACAGCGAGAAGAGAAGAGUCCGCACGGAGCGAAGCUACGUAGAUCUCGCUGACAAGGCCUCACGAGCCUGUCAAAACGGUGACCGGUGUUUGAUCGAUCCGAGUGGGAAAUACAUGACGCUAGAGAUUUUUGAGGGUAUCAUCACGGUUCUACCCAUCAUUCAACCACACAAGAAACGAGGCAAACCACCCGUCUUGAAAACGUCGCAUUACAGUAACCCCGACGAACCUACGCCGCAGAUCGGAGAAUUGGGUGAACCCAUGAUGACGCGGAUAGAUGAGUUGAUGGUUCGGUCGUCGGCAUUCUUGCAUGUGGAGAGCAAAGCACAUCCUCGAUUAGCGCUACUGCAUGAGAAUAAUCAGCGGAAAGUGAAGUUGAAGAUUCGGGAAUUGUCUUUUGAGGCGUCUGCGGAACCGGUUUUUCAGGACACUGAGGAUUUUACGGAGGAGUUGGAUCUGGGAGCGUCACAUUUGAUUCCUGUUCCUGCUCCGUUGGGUGAGUUGUUGUCCUUUGGUAGUGAGGCGGGCUUUACUGACAAUAUAGGUGGAUUACUGGUUCUCGGGGAGACGUGCAUUAAGUAUAUCGACGACGCUAAGAACGAAACAAUUUCGAGACCGCUUGAUGAAGCUACGAUCUUUGUUGCAUGGGUGCAAGUGGACGGUCAGCGAUGGCUCCUAGCCGACGACUACGGUCGUUUGUUCUUCCUGAUGUUGGUCCUGGAUUCUCAAAACGAAGUAGAAGGCUGGAAGCUGGACUAUCUUGGCGAGGCGUCAAGGGCAUCUGUUCUCAUCUAUUUAGGCGCUGGAAUGACUUUUGUUGGGUCGCAUCAAGGCGACUCUCAGGUCAUUCGAAUCAGUGAGGGUUCCUUUGAGAUUAUUCAGACGAUAUCGAAUAUUGCUCCAAUCUUAGAUUUCACUAUCAUGGACCUCGGUACACGCGAAGGCGAGAAUCAUACUCAUGAAUUCUCGUCAGGCCAAGCUCGUAUCGUCACGGGUUCAGGUGCUUUCAACGAUGGCACUCUGCGAAGUGUUCGAAGUGGCGUAGGCAUGGAAGAAUUAGGUGUUUUAGGCGAGAUGGAACAUAUUACGGACAUGUGGGCAUUGCAGAUUUCUAGCCCAGGUGAUUUUUCAGACACCUUGGUGGUCACCUUCGUCAACGAGACCAGAGUCUUUCGAUUCAGUUCGGAUGGUGAGGUGGAAGAGCUGGAUGAUUUCCUUGGUCUGAAUCUGGCAGAAAAUACUCUUCUUUCGAGCAACUUGCCCAGUGGCCGUGUCAUUCAUGUUACAGAAAGUGGCGUGAGCAUAGCCGAUACAGACAGUGGCAUGGUCACAUCAAAAUGGUCACCAGAUGGCCAGAUGAUUACUUCUGCGGCAUGCAAUGAUGAGCGACUAGUUGUCGUGACUGGUGGACAAGUUUUAGCCACUCUAGAUAUUACUGGUGAUCUAAAGGUCCUAACCCAGAAGGAUUUUGGUAAAGACAACCAAGUGUCAGGAGUCACCAUUCCACCAGCACCAUCGCAAGUCUGCAUCGCCGCUUUCCCACAAAAGGCCCAAGUGGCCGUUCUCUCAUUACAAGGUUUCGAAGAGCUACAUAGUCAAUCGCUGGGCGUCGCUAGUGAAGCUUUCCCGSGAGCCGUUCUUUUAGCAGAAAUUCUCGCAGACAGUCCUUCGACAUUGUUUGUUUCCAUGGCGGAUGGCAGUGUCGUGACUUUCUCUUAUGAUUCCAAAAAACAUUCUCUGAUCGGUACGAACAAGUUGAUUCUUGGAUCAGAGCAGCCGACAUUCAAGAAACUUCCUCGAGGUGAUGGACUCUACAACGUGUUUACCACAUCCGAACACCCAAGUUUGAUAUAUGCUUCUGAAGGGCGGAUUAUCUACUCGGCCGUGAACUCAGAAGGUGCUUCCCGUGUUUGUCAUUUCAACGCGGAGGCCUAUCCAGAUGCUAUUGCAGUCGCAACAUCAAAAGAUCUCAAGAUCGCUCUUGUCGACAAAGAACGCACAACCCAAAUCCAAACAUUACCCAUCGAAGCAACUGUCCGAAGGAUAGCAUAUUCCCCAACAGAACAGGCGUUCGGAAUUGGUAGUAUCAAACGUCGAUUAGAAGACGGAGCUGAAAUUGUUGAAAGCCAAUUUGUGCUCGCUGAUGAGAUCAUGUUCAGAAAGCUAGAUUCGUUCGACUUGAAGCAGGACGAGCUUGUUGAGAGUGUCAUCCGUGCUCAAAUGGUCGUUGGCAAGGAUAGGUAUGAUGAACCUAUCUACAAAGAUAGAUUUAUUGUCGGGACGGUAUAUGUGGACGAGGAGACAGCAGAGUCGAUACGUGGCCGUAUUCUGCUUUUUGAAGUUGAUUCCAAUAGGAAACUAUCAUUGUUUCUGGAGCAUUCGUUAAAGGGAGCCUGUCGAGCAUUGGCUAUGAUGGGUGAAUAUAUCAUUGCAGCACUUGUCAAAACCGUGGUCAUCUUCGAGGUAAAAGGGCAACCACAAACAGGAAGAUACUCACUACAGAAAGUUGCCACCUACCGCACAUCAACCGCUCCUAUUGAUAUUUCUGUGACCGAUAAAACGAUCGUGAUUGCCGAUUUGAUGAAGAGUAUAUCUAUUGUUGAGGCUCAAAAAACUGAUGCUCUGACGAUUGAAGCAAAGGAAGUCGCCCGUCAUUUUGCGACUGUAUGGACUACGGCUGUGGCAGAUAUCGGAUUGAAUCAAUGGCUUGUCAGUGAUGCAGAAGGKAAUCUGAUCGUCCUUCGUCGCAACGUCGAUGGUAUAACGGAGGAAGAUCGGCGACGACUAGAAGUGACUAGUGAGCUACUUUUGGGCGAGAUGGUCAACCGAAUUCGACCAGUGAAUAUCCCUCAAACAUCGACCAUGGCGGUUACUCCAAAAGCAUUCUUGGGAACGGUCGAAGGAUCAAUAUAUCUCUUCGCAUUGAUUCGACCAGAGCAUCAAGACUUCCUGAUGCGACUUCAAGGAGCCAUCUCAGCCUACGUCGAUUCUCCAGGAUCGAUGCCAUUCAACAAGUUCAGAGCUUUCCGGUCGACUGUGCGCGAGGCCGAGGAACCCUUCCGAUUUGUCGAUGGAGAACUCAUUGAACGAUUCUUGGACUGCGACACAGCCGUUCAAGAAGAAAUACUAGGCGUUGUUGGAAGUGGUGAUUUGGAGUCGGUGCAGAAGAUGAUCGAGGCUCUGAGGAGGUUGCAUUAA